GGCAAUGCUGAAUCAUUUAAGUGACCAUCCAUUUCCUGAUGAGCUGAGGAUGGGACUCGGACUGCAGUGUCCCAGAAUAUUCCGCAGUGAAUCCACUUCCAAAGACUUGUGGAGAAUUCGUGUCUGAUGGGGAAUUGGAGGUCUGGGAAGAUGACGUGCAUGGUAUGAAGUGCACUCCAUCCGAUGAAAUACGGGAAUCAUCCCGAGCUUGAUCCGAUGCCCAAUGCUUGGAGAUUAUCCUUUGAAGUGGGGGAAUUCAAACUGCUCGGAUAGGGCACACUGAAUAGCACGGCAGAAAUUUACAGAAGAAAAGAAGAUCUCGAGUAAAGAUCUCGAGUUUUGUCAGUAUGAAGUUGCUUUCACUGGAGGCUCGUGGACUCGAACUCGAAAUGGCCCGCCGGUCCUUGAAUAUUGUAAAUUGCCAGCGCAGGGAAGCCCAGGGGUUUUAGAGGAGACUUGUCCUUGAAGUAGAGGGUUUUGUGUUUUGUGUCUCCCAGGACUGAAAGAACGUGUAUCACGUCACAAUUUUGCUGACAGGCUUACGACAUCGGCUGAUUGACAUAGUUUCGGUACUCUGGAUCAGCAUCAGGUGAUUUCAAUUAAGAAGGUUCAGUGAAGAAUCUGUCAAGGGCUCAUUCAUAUUUAUCUGCAAGCGCAGACCAUGGACAGGCGAAGGCAGGGAGCUGUGGACCAGAUGGAACUUCUUGGUGUGGAGAUGAGUGCCUCUGUCUCUUCUGUGGACAGAGACAGAGGCCGUCAGCCUUUGGAUCGACGGAAGCAAGGAGUUUUGGAUCCUGAGAGUAAUGUUCAGCUCUUAUCUGGAGAAUCCAGUGAUUCUGGCAUCGGUCACUUCGAUCCUGUACAUGGUCCAAGAAGGAGAGGCUCCAGACACAAGGUGGGCUGGAGGCUUGCAUGCUUGAUGCUGUUGGGAUUUAUUUCUGUGACGUCUACGAUUCUUUCAAUUGUGAGCAUAAUCACUUUAGAGAGAGACCGGGUUUUAUAUCCACCUGCUGUGCGUGAGAGAAUGGUCUCUAAAAUUGCUUUCGGAUCUUGCACUGCGUAUGACUACAGCCCACAACCCGUCUGGGUUCAUGGUGUCAUUCCCAGUGAGCCUGAUGCUUGGAUCUGGUUAGGAGAUAUGGCAUACAUGGACGAGCCCCGUGUCAACUGUGCAGCUCUUCCAAGUCAUCCACAUUGUAAUUGCACUAGUGAUUGGCUUCAUCAGGCUCCGUACUCGUGUAUGGCAGGUGAUGUGGACCACGCUCUUAGUCGAAUGCAAGCACAGCUUUCAAAUCCUGACUAUGCCCAGUUUUUGGCUUAUAUGUGCCCCGGUCAUCGCGCCAAGGGUUUGCAUCCACCAACCGGUACAGAUCCCACAAUUUGCCCGAGGCCCAUCUUCGGUACAUACGAUGAUCACGAUUAUAGCUGGGACAAUGGUAACAAACGUCUUCCACGCAAAGAUGACGUGAAGCAAAUAUUUUUGGAUGCCAUCGGUGAAUCCAGCACAAGUCCAAGGCGGAACAGAGGUCGUGGAAUAGAGUGGAAAUACACUCUGAAUAAAGGUCACCCAAACAAAGAGGUUGAUGUGUUCCUUCUAGACGAGCGGUACAACCGGGACACUCUUCCUUGCCACAUACGGCGAACAUAUUGUGAACAAGUCUUGUCGAGUUAUCCUCAUCACCCGAGACGUGCAUGGUGCAAUGAUUUUCUGCAUGGAGGAGAGUUGGGAAAGGGAUCUUGCUGUAUCAAAGACGAUCAUAUCUAUUAUGGUUGGUGCAUGCAGGAAAGCAACAAAAAGAAGAGUUUAUAUAAAGAGGCAUGUGACCCACGCUCACAUCAGUUUGGUACUCGUUCUCUUAUAGUCGACUCAAAAGGGAACCUCGUAGAAGCCACAGGCUCAGAGCUUCUUGACGGUCGAGAUGAGAGUUCCUUCUGCGAUGUACUCGGCCGAGAGCAAAGAUUAUGGCUACAAGAGUCCAUAACCAAAUCAACUGCUCCUCUGAAAUUGGUGGUAUCCAGUUCCGUUCUGCUCGGGGACCUGCAACCGCAGAUGUGCGAUUGGAAUAAUGAAGGAACCAGCUCAACAUGCAUGUGCUCUGGAGAUGACUGGGAAUGUUACAAACCUGCGCAGCUUCAACUACUUCAUCUUCUUUCAACUGCACCCGGAUGUGUCGUGGUUCUAACUGGAGACUACCAUUAUUCUGAUAUCCGGGUUUUGAAGCCAAAACAACAAAUUUAUUCCAAAUAUUAUGAGGAUGUACAGCUCUCAUACCCUUUGUUCCAAGUCAUGGCAAGUGGUCUGACUACAAGUACUGGGGCCAACUUCAGCUGCGAUGAUUCUAGAAGGGAUACAACAGGAAUGAGAGAAGGCGGGCCGUGUAGCUUUGUGAGGGGCCCCUCAUUUGGAAUGAUUGAAGUGAACUGGAAGGAAGCAGAUCCAGUUAUCCGGCUACAGGUGAGAGAUGGCAAGACAGGACUUGUGCGGCUAGAGUCGAAUCUCACUAUGAGUAGUUGUUCUCAAGCUUAAAAAUGAGAGAGUAUAUCCAAUACACGGCCAAUUCUGACCAAGAGCAAUUUCAGUAAAGAGACUCCACAUACCGUCCUGCUCCACUUCUAUACGAAAGGAUGUCGCUAAUGUGCAUGUAAAAUCACUUCGGUUUUUGUUGUAGCAAAGAUCAGGAAUUGUAAAGGAUUUUUUUAUUUGUUUUGAAUUUACUUGAUAUAUAUAUACAUAGGCAAGAUAUGUGAAAGUAGUGGCCACAUAGUCUUAUCUGGUAGUAUUAAUUCAAGUUUGAGGUUAAUUCUAGUUGGUUUAGACUUAGUGAGGUUUAGGUUUUCUUGGUUCAUAUUGUAAAGGAGCGAAAAUCGUAGCUUCCCCUGAAUAUUGUUUAGGUUUUAGGUUAACUUUCUAAUUCCCGUGGACAUAGUGGUGAACCACCUAUCCUAGUGUCUUGCGUCGUGUAUAUACUUUUGUGUUACGAUGGUGGUGUUCAGGGGAUCCUUCGUUUCUUGAUACAUCAAUUGGUACUCGAAUUUGCUGAUUUGAUCUUCGACUCCCGAUGUGCGCAAGGUUGGUAGGGAUGUUUUCGACAAAACCUCUUGAGCAGUGAAGGAGUUUAGAUUUGUUUAGGGUUAAGGAAUUUAAACUAUGGAUCUGUAGGGUUUUUUUGACGCGGAAAGCGAUGGCCAUGGUUAAGGUUUUGAGUCGUUGUUUCUGAUGACUUGAAACUAUAAUCAUGCUUGCUACAGUCGGCCGUCGGAAAUCCCAACCUUUUGGAAUUUAAAUUCCAUAACCCUAAAAGGUCCAAACUUCUCUUCUCUGAAUACUCAAGAGAUUGCAUCGACAAUAUCCAAAACAGUCAUGCAGCAAUCAGGAGUUGAAGAGCAAGUUGACGAACUCGAGCUGAACAAGAUUAAGAACAUAUGGGCUGCUAGCGGACAUUGUCGUGAAGAUCCAUGU